AGCCGGAGAUUAGUAUGUAGCCUUGUCAGACGAGAGUGAGGGUUGAUAAAGGGGGCAAAGGCAUUGAUAAAAACAAUGCGAAGCCGCAAACGCUUACGCUGCAUUGAUAAAAACGGCCGGGUGCUAGAAAGGCACGUGGCUAGAACGUACAUACAACAUGCGGCUGUGCAAAAAAGAUCUUCGUCAUCGUCUUCCGGCGUGGUCAAUAAAAUGAGUACAACCGACGUGUCGACGUACACGAGGCUCAGAUCUUCAUGGUCGUUACCAUGGGCCGCCAGUUACGAGGAUCGAUCUCAUCUCUUUGUAUUAGAUUUGAAAGUGAAAUUGAUAUGGUAUGCCUCUUGCUGCAUUUCUCGUAUUUGUGCGCCAGCUAGUGUCGUUCCUUCUUCACGCAUUCGUGAACAGGCUUACAAGGCCUCAGCUUAUGUCGCGCAGUGGGAAGGUGAACGAGUUGACAGGGGGGAAAGAAAAACGCCAGAGGGUGGGCAAGGGAAAAAAUUUCUAAUGCAGGGCGGGGCCAAGCCUCUGCGCCGCUUCGUGUUGAAAGAACGAAGGCGGAGCGCCAUGGCGCCUUUGGUUCCCGGCGUACGUUGUGCGAGCGCGUUUCCGAGGCGGCAAACCUUAGGCCCAACAACGCAAAGCGCGGCAGCGGGCGGGCGCCAGAGGGCGGCGGAAGGUAGGAAGCAGGAGAACAACCCGCGCCAUGCGCGGCGCUGGCGCGUCACGCCC